ACGUAAUGCAGGUUCUUCUUCCGGAGGCCGCGAAUUGUUAUGUUGCGUCCUGAUCCUUUUAAUCCCUUUUAUCUUGUUUAUAUUUGUUUUUAAAAAAUGUCCUAUUAGUUAAGUUGGUUAAAUAUAAAUUAAACCUAAACGUCUAGCUAACACAGACCGCAUUGAGGUUUUGGUGGAAGUUUAAAAGGGAAAACGAUAACGGACAGAGUUAGCUUACUACGUCCGUUAGCCGCUAACUUCGGCUCGCAGGAUGUCUAAAAUUGAACGUUUAAAUGCUCGUGUGGCCAAGCUGCUGACUGAAGCAGUGCAAGAAGUUCUGGAGGUGGUGAAGGAGACGGUGUCAGAAUACCAGGAGAAAACUGCCAGAACACAGAGAGAGAACGAGAGUCUUAAGAGAAGGCUGCAGGAGCUUCAGGACAAGAUAACAAGAGAGAGCAUAGACAAAGAAGAUACACAAAAUCAAGAGCAGGAUUUGGGGCUCACUUUGUGGCAGAACUCAGAGCUCCCUCUCACCGAGCAAAAACCGAUAAGCAGCCACAAACCUGACCACAAUGUGAAGCAGGAUUCAAAACAACAGGAGAGCAACAGUAAUACUGAAUCACAAGCUGAGUGUAACUUGACACAAACAACAGAACACUGCAAAGCACAAGCAGAGGAGGUGACACACAUUAUAGAGGAGGCAAUGACAGUCCACACAUCACACAGUGCAAACAGGAACAUCAGUGUUGCCCCAUCCAAUAAUGCAUGCGCCUCUCACUCCAGCACCUCAGUUGGGAUAAACCUGGCUGUUGUUAAAAGAGAGCCAGAACCUUCAGGCUGUGCAACAUCAAAACCACCACCUCUUCAAGAACAGUAUAAUGGAUGUGUGGAUUUAAGCUUCAACUCUUCUCGUCAGAACUCUGCUGAGACGCACAGGCCACAAGUCAGUGCUGAACCUUGCGGACAUGUCUUUGUCCACUCAAAUCAUGGCAUACCUAGGAGGCAUGGAUUUGCAAAAACCAACAGGGCUGCAUUUGAUGGGAGAAAAAUCAGGAUGGAGCACUUCAGGAGAGACGAUUCGCACCCCUGUGUUGUAUGCGGAAAGACGUUCAGCAGGGUUGGGAACUUGAGAAUCCACCAGCGUUGUCACACAGGAGAGAAGCCAUAUGGUUGCGUACAGUGCGGGAGGCGUUUUAGUCAGGCAGGAGACUUGAAAAAACACAAGAGGGUGCACACAGGCGAGAAACCGUACUACUGCAACCAGUGCGGAAAGUGCUUCAGUCGGGGGGAGAAUCUGAAAAGACACCAGAAGAUCCAUAUUGGAGAGAUUUUACAGUUACAGCAAGUGUGGAGGGAGCAACAGCAAUGAUUAACUUCAAAUCAGUAAAAUCAGCAGACUCACUCUGUGCAGAAUCUGAAGGACAAUUUUUGGUCUGUGCCCUUAGAUAAAGAAGUAUUUGCUGGGUGUUUAAGUUAUGAGCUACAGAAUUAGUAAAGAAAUGAUAAUAUAUUUUGACUAACUGGGAAUAGUUAAGGUGUUACUUGCUGUUCUGGUGUAUGUAGCCAGUUGUGUGCUGCUUGCUCUGGUGUAUUUGUCCCUCUGAUCAUGAAGGAACAGAGCUGUAGACGAUAAUCACUUAACCAAAGAGGCUAAAGCUUUACAGAUAUAAAGGCAUACUAUCAAUAUCUAAAUUGAUAUCUGUGUAAUACUAUUUUUAACCAACAAGAUUGAGUCAAUUGUGAAAUUUUAACUAAUAUAAUGGUCAAUUAGCAAAAGAACAGAAGAAAGAAAUAUACUUCAAAAGGUUCUGCACACUAAUGAUAUGUUCAUACAGGUGAUUUCAAAUGUUUUAGCUUAUUAGAUUGUUGACCUUUUGCUCACUCUUGUUGCACAUGUUAGUGCACCAAAAGUUACACCCCCAUCAUUCCUAUUAGUAUAAAGAGUUUUGUGUGCUCCACCUAACCUCAACCUGACUCGAGGUCUCAUCAGCCAAAAUAAGUGAAGUGUUUGGACUAAAGGUGACAGUGUUAUAUAGUGUCUCUUGGUCAUGCACAGAAUGAGUUCUAUCAUGUUUAAAUAAGUAAAUGCUGAAGACAGUGAUUGAAGCAUGGUUGUCCUUAAAAUUGCCUCAUUUUCCAGACAGACUGAAGCUUGCUGUAUGCCGGAUAUAUUUAUUUAUAUAGUUAUUAGCAGAAGAAAUAAAUGUAUUUAUUACUACCAAAAAAA